AUGAAGUUUCUUCUUACUAUUAGACUUUCCUCCGUCUGUUCUGGGACAUGCCAUUCCAGCUAUGCUAUCUUCAAGGAUACUAGCUCUGCUCUUUCUAUUCCGUUUACCAGUGCAGAGGCAUUCGACGUAUGGAUAUGCGAUGGCGAAGAGGUGACGGGUGACCUCAUGGACAGCUGGCUCGACCAAGCUUGCCAUAUACCCAAGUCGAUGCUAGUGCGAGAUGCCACCAGCAUUCCACGCCUAAAGAAAUACGCCAACGGCCGUGUAGCUCAGAUGGCCGAAUUCUCCGAGCGAAUGCCGAACGAACCAACGAAAGAAUGGGAGGAAUCAGUGCUCCGAGAUGCAGAAAUGCUCUAUGCCCAAGUCCGCGCCAAUCUCGGAAGUCAAAGAGUCCUUCGGAAGAAGAUAGACACUCAGCCUGAGAAAGAAACUGUCCUGCUAGUCGGGGCGGGUAUCAUGAAUCUGAUAACCGCUCAUUUCUUAGCUGUGCGAGGCUACUGGAUUCGAGUCGUCGACCAAGGGCCAGACCCUCGCUUUUGCCAACCCAAGGAUUGGGCGCGGCUCGGUGUUACAAGCGGCGGUCACAACGCUCGCAUGUUCACGAACACUGAAGCCGACAAUUACAAUGAGCAAGGCAGCGAUAUAUAUCGGGACAUGCAGCCCAUAUUCCGGAAUACUGUCCGCAAUGGCGGAUGGAGCGUGAAGUCGCCAAGCGACUUUUCUAGCAAAGAGCAAGCUUGGGUCGACGCUUUUGAGCGCAUUCCUGGUUGGAUGGCGGGGGCUUUCAAGAAGAAUAUCCAUGAAGUGAACUGUGAGUCCGGGAGGAUCUGGAUAGAACUUAUGAACACCUAUCCGGAGUUGUUCGAUGACGUCGGCCUCCACAAGGACAUUAUACGCAUGUAUACGGAGCCAGUCGCCUUGGAGUCAUCCGUCACACUAAAUGGUAGACUUGGUGCGCUUCUCCACGCUCCUAGUCCAGAGAAAUUCCUGGAGCAGUAUCCCAGCUUCCGCCCCGCCGCCGAGACCAAUCAUCUUGCAGGGGGCAUCAUCGUGGACGGAUUCACAGUGAAUGUCCACCUAUUCAUGGCCAAGUUGAUGCAUCAUAUCGCUGCCCUGGGUGUGGAAUUAUUGUGGGAUUGCGAAGUCCAGAGUAUCCAGCGCAAUUCUGGAGGCGAAGUCACUAUGCUGAAGUCUAACAAGGGAGACUUGAAAGCUGAUCACUUCGUCAUAAGUCCUGGCACAACAAAGAAUGAACUUUUGAACGGGACGGCCUCGGAGAAUCUUGUCCAUGGCGUUCUAGGGAUCUGGUUGCAGAUCCCUAAUCUGAACCCGAAAAUGCAGAAUUCCAUGAAAAUUCAUCGACGUGGCCACAGGGUAGAAGAUAUCAACAUCACCGUAGCCAAUGAUGUAGAGACUGGUGAAGACAUUCUCAUCUUUGGAGGUGGGUACGGUUAUGUCGGUCUAGAUCGCCCAGCACCAGACUCACCAGAGAUGGAGGCUCUUUACGCCGAGCUUGAGGAGGUUGCACGAAUUUACUUUCCACAAAACUAUGCUGCAGCAAGGAAUCGCGGCCCUAUGGCCUUCUACCCUGGCGGAUACCGUAAGUUCUGCGUGCGGCCUUUCACACCUACAGGCCUUGGCCUUUUCGAAAGAGUUCCCACCGCUGGUGGUGGUCAGCUGAUCAUUACUGGUGGUAACAACACGGGUGGCUUCGCACAGGCUCCUGCUGUGGGGCGUGCAGUGUUGCGAUCACUGAUGGGCGAGGAAGAUCCCAUUCAUGUGCUAUUCCACCCUGACCGUGGAAGACUCCCCUUUGCCAAGGCCAUUGAUUUGCAAGUGCCAUCCACCAGUUUGAGGCUCCAGGAUGGUUUGAAUACGAAGACGCGAGGCCCAUUGAAACUCCUCGUGCUCUGCUCGGAUGGUCCUCAGCACCGUUACCUCCGCUACCGUCUCGAUCAAACCUUUCCUGGCUACCAUUGCAUCCAGGAAACAAGCUAUGGGCAAUUCCAUCAGCUAUUGAAGAAGCGCCGCAUCGUUGACGCGUUCUGGCAGAAGUAUCACGGGCUUCGCCGCCAGAUCUUCGGUCAUGACCGUCAGCGCAAGGCGUACUUCGAUCGUCUGAUACCGCAGGAUCAUGUAUCGCCCGAACCGAACCUCGUUGUCGAGAGCGUCAACUGUCGUGACGUAUGGGACGCAGUGGAGGAGUGGCAGCCCGAGCUGACCAUUGUUUCGGGCACAAAGUAUAUCGGCAACAAGCUGACCGCGCGUGCGGGGCUAAUGAUCAAUAUGCACACAGGCCAUCUUCCUGAGUACAAGGGAAACCACUGCAUCUUCUUUGCACUCAACGAUGGCGCAGUCGAUAAGGUCGCAUCAACGCUACAUCAGCUCACAUCGAGUUUGGAUGGUGGUGACAUCCUGGAGAAGGUCUUCCCGCCUAUCUUGCCAGGAGAUAAUGAGGAAAGUCUGUACACGAGGUGCCUAGAGAUGUCGAUAGAUCGUUGCAUAGACCACGUCGGGCGCUUUUCGGAAGGACAGCAGCUGAGUUUCGUGCCACAGAAGGCGGAAGGGAGAACGUUUCGACAUCGAGACCGUACCCCGAUGAAGGAGUUGUGGUUAUGGUGGAAAAUGAACGUGAACGGCUUGCUUACUGGGAUAGCUAGAUCGAAGUUGGCUAUCUCAUAA